CAGACGUGAACAGGAGACCCUGUCCGCCACCAUGAAUCUUUUUUGCUUCUCACUGGAGGGGUCUAUGGACAGCCUGUAUGAGGCGGUGCAGAGCUCCAGCGACGGGCCCCCUAAGCCCAUUCCCAGUCGUUCAUCCAGCCGCUCUUGCAGCCGCUCCUGCAGCCCAGCGGUCCUGCUGGACAACAACACAAAGUGGCGAGGCUCCGGGAGAUCAAUAUCCAUGCAGGAGAUGCCUCCGACACAUGCAACUAACUCCAAUAAAAAGAUAAGAAGAUCACAUAUAUACAAAUCUGCAUCAGAUAAUGAAACAUUGGAUAACCCCGGCUGUAAUACCACGGUCUGGCAGGGCGCCAAGAGCCAAGAAGAUUUAGUCCACAUCACCAACAACCACAAUGAAGAGACGAGGAAACCUAAACACAGAACAGAAACUAAAGGAGGGAAAAGUGCUCAUCAUUCCGGCCCAAGGAAAAAGGAGAAAUUGCCGUCGAUUCAGAUUGUCCAUGUCACCGGAGUGGUGCCAGAGUCCAAACCUGCCGUCAAAAGAAGCCAAAAGACAGGAAAGAAACCAUCUGGAAAGAGCGGGAAAGAGGCAUCAAAGAAAAGUCAUAAGUCCACAGUUCACUCCCAACCCACUUCCGUGAGCCCACCCAUGGGACCCCACUAUCUGGAUGUGCCUUACAGAUCAGAUAGGAGGCCCUACCUUGGCAAGUCGUCCACCCUCCCCUAUCAGGAGAACACAACGCCAGGCCGCUGCACAGACAUGACCAGCCUACCCGGUGGUGCGACACCCACCCACACCUACCACCAGCGCUGGAGCAACCCAGGCGACAGCAGUCCAUCCUGGGGGACCGUCCAACACACCUGUCGCAGACCGCUCACAGAGUACCGCAUGUACUCUCAUGACUUCACACCAGCCAAUGGGAAGGACUGGGAGGAAAGACAGGAGCAGGCCCAGGAUUACAGCUUGAAACAGGACUGUAAACCCCAGAUUCCCCCAAAGGUGUCACGCUCUGUCACUGACUUGGAUCUGUCAGAACCAGACCGCUCCACAAGCUUCGGCAAGUUCGAGGGUUUCAGACAUCACUUGUCACCGGCCAAACCAGAGGACAAUGGCACAAACGUGGUCGUGGAAGACUGUGAAAGUUCAGACCCUAACAAAGCAACUGGACUUGGGAAAAAGAUGAAGGCUAUUUCACUAACCAUGCGCCGAAAAAUGGGCAAAAAACACGCCAAGUAUUUCUCUGAGGAGCCUGGUGAUGCCUCAGAUAAAGAACUGGAGGCAGAAGCAGAGAGCAGCACUGCAGCUGAGAAAGACUAUGCAAAGACAAGUAACUCCUUAGAGAGUCUGUACAGCGGCCAGAGCACCUCCAGUGGUGUGACCAGUGAGUCCAAUGGUUCUGCGCAGAAAGACAGUGUGAGGCUAGAGGAGGACGGAUCCUACCAGGGACAGUUCUGUGGCAGAGCUCGUGUCCACACAGACUUUGUUCCAAGCCCGUAUGACACAGAUUCUCUCAAACUCAAGGUGGGUGACAUCAUCAACAUCAUCAGUAAGCCUCCAAUGGGCAUCUGGACGGGCAUGUUGAACAACAAAGUGGGGAACUUCAAGUUCAUCUACGUAGACGUUUUAGUGGAGAAAGAGGAGGAGGAAGAAGAAGUUCCAAAGAUCAGACAGCAGAAGCUCUCCAAAAGACCUAGACCUAAAACGUUGCUGGAGUUACUGGAGCGACUGAAUCUGGAGGAGUAUGCCUCUGCGUUGCUGUUGAAUGGCUACCAGACAGUGGAGGACCUGAUGCACCUGCAAGAGAAACACUUGAUAGAGCUGAACGUCAAUGACCCCGAGCACAGACACAGACUUCUGGCUGCUGCUGAGUGCCGCUACACAGAAGGUGAUGAUGUCAGGGAUGUGGAGGAGCACAAAUCCUCCCACACUCAAAAGGAGGAAGACAGUGACUGUCCCAGAGACUCGGGCUGCUUCAUCCCGUCAGAAUGUUCAGACAGCAAAGAGGACACCGAGCAGCUCACAGACGCUGGUGCCUCGUGAUCUGCUCUUUUGGGAAUUAUGUGUUUGUCAUUUUCUUAUGACUGAUGGUUUUAACAAUUAAUGUCUUUAAUGUUGCAUUAACAUCCUUCAUACCAGAAAGUCACCAGCUACAGCUAAAAUAGAAAGAACAAACCGCUGGUACUCUAAAUGUCAUCUCAUCCAUUUGUCAGUUCAUCAAGAUUUUAAUAAAUUUAACAAGAGUUUUUUUUACCAUUUUAUGUUGAAGAAGUGACGUCACUGAUUUAACGUCACUUUUAUUUAUUGCAUUAACAAUCAUUCAGUGUCAUUACAUGUACGUACUGCCUUUAUAAAUCACUUUUAUCAUCCUCAUCACAUCCAGUCUAAAUUCAAUGUCCAGGAUCGUCUUUUCUUUUCCCCGGUGAAUCAAGUGGUAUUGUUAAAGUUUUUUUUUAACAUAUAAUGUGGUCUUCACAAGAUUUAUGUAUGAUGUAAAACACAUAUGUUACUUUUUGAAUGUGUGUGUGUGUGAGAAAGAAAGCCUGUAUGUGAAAGCCAUUUAUCUGUUUCCACAACUUUUUGUAAAUAAAAUUAAAGAAAUACGCCUACA